CACCAUCAUCACGACCACUUGCUCUGAAUCUACCAAAUCUGAAAAGAAAUCGACGAACUGUUGCUAUUGGAUCGACACGAUAUUGGAGACCUAUAUCGCUAUAAACACUCGAAGAAAGAGGGUUGGAUAGUGGAGAAAGCCGCGAUGACACGGACAUCACCCUUGCUCACCUUGCCAGGGGAAAUUAGAAACCAAAUCGUAUCUUACGCUUUUCAUCGCACACUGGGCGGCAUACCAGCCUCUCGCCUUUCUAGAAGUGCACUGGCACUUGCAUGGACCUGUCGCCAGCUAUACACCGAGUAUGCCUCUGUCGCGCGCUCGCAUAGCGUCAUUUACCCGCUCACAUGGUUGAGCGCCCAGCACCUAGCAGAAAAAACUCAAGCCCUGCUCACUACUACUUGUGCAGCACAAAUCACCAAGCUGCAAGUUAUCCUGCCAGCAUGCCUCGCAGAGCUGUACGUUUGCGACUCCGCGGCAACAACGCGUCGACGCGUAAAAGGGUUCCACUUUGCCGCCGCGGGACUGCCGAACUUGGAAGAGCUGUAUUUCCGAUUCCAGAGCACAGACUCUCAUGGCAAUGGUAAUGGUGAUGGUAGUGGUAGCGGUGGCGCGGGCAGGGAACUCGUGGUACACAUGCUGUGGCGCUUGUUGUGGGAAAAAGACUUGUCGCGUCUCAACAAAAUCUGUAUCGUGCAUGAUGGAGUACAGCCUUUUCUUUCACUGACACUGCUGCAUGGCAUGCUGGCCACUUUCAAGUCUUUAUGUGUGUCGCGCAGAUGGCACGUCAAGUCGGAUUUUGAGCAUGGACGGUUGAUGUUUGUAGAAAAGUCUGGGGGUAAGACAGAGAGGAGGGUCGCGGUGCUCGUGGGAUAUAGCUUUCGUGAGGCCGAGGAGUAUGUGGACGUGUGUGAAGAGAUUAUAGAGGUAAGUCAUUUCUUUUUCAUGGUCCUCAAGGUAGUCAUCUGAAAAGACAAGGUCGCAAGUCUGGCUGCAGCACCGCGAAUCAACUGUCUAUCUUCCUUUUCAGUUAAGUUGACUUCGAACUCACAGGACAAGCAUGCUGCUGUUGUGAUCGCUCGGCGGAGAGACUGCAAAUAUGUGGCUCCUUUAGAAGAGAUGACGGAUGCCGAGUUGAGACAGGAAGUUGACAAUCUGCACACUUU